AAUAAACAAUCAGUGGACAACGGGUUUUUUUUUUGAGUAAAAUGUCCUUCUCUAUACCAAAUCCCCAAAUCAAUUUCGAAUUCUCUAGCAAAGGCGGUAAAGUGUUCCAACUCAAUUCGUGGCAGUCGUGCGGCGUCGCUCAGACUCUGAUAGAGCUAGAGAGGCGACUCGGCUCUGAAUGGUACCUCAGAUACGCGAACUGCAGAGACAAACGCAUAGAUUACGUCCUCGUCUACAAAGACAGCGACGACAACAACAUAAUGCGCAAGGAGGCUAGAGAUAGGUUCGAGGGACGGUUGCUGGACGACAACUUGGAGCUUGUCCGUUGGCGAAGAAGCGACUGCUGGGAAUUAGACGACGACGAGAGCGACGAGGUGUUUGUGUUGGUUCACACGCCGUUUGAUCGGCUCGCUCUCGAGUGUCAGAGCGUUAAAUUCGAGAUGCCACUGAAAGAGCAAAGUCAUCCGCGGCUUGAAGGCUGUUGUUCAAUUGACUGGUUGAAGACUGAUAAUGAAGUUGACUUUAUCACUGCUCCAUUCAAUCUCACAAGACUAGCGAUAUACGAAAAUUCCAAUAACUUGAAAGAUUUCUUUCAACCUGCAAUUGCCAGUUUUCUCACGCACCACAUACUUAUGAACACCGACUCAGACGAAGAUGACAAAAUACGAAGAGGAACUACGACUAAAGGUCUGUCAUACUUGUUACACACAAAAGUCUACGAAGAUGCCUUUAUUCUGCACCCAUAUUCGCCUAAAGAUCCCAUCAACACAACACGUACGCAGAUGGUUGCCCACGAUAUUUGCUUGCAUUCGACUGCUUCUGGAUUUUUUGCAACUCAUCGUGAGAAACCUGACGUGAGGAAGGAGUUGGCAGACACGUGGUGCCGAUGGUUCAAGUUUCAACCGCUAUGGAAGAUCAGAAACUAUUUCGGAGAAAAACUCGCAUUCUACUUUGCCUGGCUUGGUCUCUUGACCAGCUCGUUGAUUAUUCCCACUUUUCUUGGUUCUGGUGUGUUUGUGUUUGGAGUGUCAUACACCAGUACCAGGAAUGUGACUAACUACUAUGACUGGAUGUUGGGAUGCUUCGAUAACAGAGCAACUCCCGUCUUUGCAGUCAUUAUGUGCGUUUGGGGUACUUUGUUUCUCGAGCUUUGGAAACGUAAGCAUUGCAGAUUGCAGUUUGAGUGGGAUGUCGAUCGUUACGAUGAGAAUGAGCCGGACAGACCACAGUUUUAUGGAUCGACUGUCAUCGAGGAUCCUGUGACUAAACUACAGGAGGUACGCUACCCUUUGCUUUUGAAGAAUGUCAAGUUUGCCGCAUCUUUGUUAAUUGUCUUCACCAUGGUGUUAGUGGUGUUGGCUAGUCUUGUAGGAGUUAUUGUGUAUCGUCUAAUAUUUGAGUAUGACUGGCUGGGAGAGGAUCGAUUUGAGAGAGUGCCAGGAGACCACCUUCUCCCGAUACUGUCAGCAAGUAUUCUCAAUGGAAUUUCGAUUCUUGUUUUAAAACUGUUUUACAAUCGUGUGGCAUUGAAAUUGACUGAUUGGGAAAAUCACAGGACUCAGUCGGCUUAUGAGGACAGUUUGGUUGUGAAGCUGUUUGCGUUUCAUUUUGCUGAUUCGUAUGCUUCCUUGUUCUAUAUUGCUUUCUUCAGGAAUGCCAAGUUCAGUGAUGGUGUUGCUGGUCUUGGAGACAAAUACCACGACUCCUGCGGAAACUACAACGACUGCAUGACCAUGUUGACCAUCCAAGUCACAGUGCUUAUGCUGAUGCAGCCACUACCCACAGUCAUACAAGCUUACUUCUGGCCGUGGGUGAAGAAGAUGUGUAAACGUAAGCGAAAGGGUAGCGGAGCCGGUGUACGGAUCGCAUUGCACUAUCCACACAGAGAGUUUGCACUAAAAGUACAUCAAGUUGCUCAUCUGGUCGAGCAACAGAGACAUAUGAACAAGGUGGACAACUUCCAUCUACACGAAUAUUCAGAGAAAGUGAUAAUGUAUGGAUAUCUCAUGAUAUUUGCUACUGCCUUUCCUCUGGCACCGUUGGUCGCUCUCCUCACAAACAAAUUUGACCUCCGACUGGAUGCCAAACGAUUAGUGUGGCACACACGAAGACCCGUAGCAGAAAUCGCACAUAACAUAGGUGUUUGGCAACAGGUUUUGCUUUUCAUUAACAUCGUCGCUGUAGUAUCGAAUGGAUUCCUUAUUGCCUUCACUUCUGACUUUGGCAAGGACGUUGUCAAAGACUACGGCGACGAAGGACGAUUGUGGCUACUCGUCGUGUUCGAACACGUUGUGUUUAUCAUCAUGUUCCUGGUGAGCUUCUGCAUCCCCGACUUACCGCAAGAUGUAAAGAAUGCAAAACAGAGAGACAGAGUGGUUCUUGAUCAGAUGACCCAAGAUUACGCGGUUGAAUCUCUUCAAAGAGACUACGAUCUCGCAGUAAAGAGACCUAGCAAUAUAGAGGUAGUUCGUCGACCUAUGGACGUGUCGCUGAAGUCUUUUGGUGAUGAAGACUGGCUAUCUCAGUAACAAUCCAACUUAUCUAUUACAUCUACAAAAGAUCCAGACGUGCAUAGUAGAGCACCCUGCCAAUGGACAUCAACGUAUUGUCACUCCUGAUGCCAACAGUAGUUACAUCUGCAUGUGUACAAUAUGUUGUAAAUAUGUAUACUUGUAUCUCAUACUCUACACGUACUGUUAUCAUGUAGCUUGCCAGUUAACCGUGUAAACUAAUUUAAAUAAUAAAUUUCAAAUUUCAUCACAAUAUUAGAAUUGCUACAAAUGGGUCACAUUGGUUAGACUCUAGAUGUGUGGUGUGGUAUACAGACAUGCAUGUGCAAACACACACACACACACACAC